UUGGGACGCGGGCGGCGGGAGUGCGGGUCUGGUCGGGGCGGAGCGAAGGCCGCGGGUGGCCGUGGUCGGUCCUCCGCGGCUAAGGAGCCGAGGGCUCCGACGCGGGCUGCGCCCGGUGAGCGGCGGCCAGAGCUAACUUGCGCUGACUGGACCAGCUGAGGAGCGGCCCGGCGGGGCGACUGCGAGCUUCACCGAGAGGCUUCUCCGCCCUGGUCCGCAGUCCCGACGGCCGGGCGGACCAUGGCGUCCUCGGCUCACCUGGUCACCAUCAAGCGGAGCGGCGAUGACGGCGCACACUUCCCGCUGAGCCUCAGCUCCUGCCUGUUUGGAAGGAGUAUUGAAUGUGACAUUCGUAUCCAGCUGCCUGUAGUGUCAAAAAGACAUUGCAAAAUUGAAGUCAAAGAGCAAGAGGCAAUAUUAUAUAAUUUCAGUUCUACCAAUCCAACUCAAGUAAACGGGGUUACUAUAGAUGAGCCUGUGAGGCUGAGACAUGGAGACAUAAUAACCAUCAUUGACCGCUCCUUUAGGUAUGAAGAUGGAAAUCAUGAGGAUGGAAGCAAGCCAACAGAAUUUCCAGGAAAGUCCCUUGGAAAGGAACCAUCAAGGCGAGCCUCAAGAGAUAGCUUCUGUGCUGACCCUGAUGGGGAAGGUCAAGAUACCAAAGCUUCAAAAAUGACUGCUUCAAGAAGAUCUUUUGUGUAUGCCAAGGGCCUUUCUGCAGAUAGCCCUGCCUCAGAUGGCUCAAAGAACAGUGUUAGCCAAGACUCAUCAGGGCAUGUAGAACAGCACACUGGCAGAAACAUAGUAGAGCCCACUUCUGGGGAUCUCUUUAAGAAGUCCAGGUCUACAGGGAGCAGUUACAGGGAACCGAAGUCUUCUCCUACACAGAGCCUUAGCAAUAGCAACGAAAAGGAAUCUCCCUUUGAGAAACUUUAUCAAUCAAUGAAGGAAGAGUUGGAUGUAAAAUCCCAGAAAUCUUGUAGGAAAUCAGAACCCCAACCUGACCGUGCAGCAGAGGAAUCGCGGGAGACACAGCUAUUGGUGUCAGGCAGGGCAAGAGCAAAGUCUAGUGGAAGCACCCCUGUUACUGCAGCCUCUUCACCCAAAGUAGGAAAGAUCUGGACUGAGAGAUGGCGCGGUGGAAUGGUGCCUGUCCAGACUUCCACAGAGACAGCUAAAAUGAAGACCCCUGUGCGGCAUUCACAGCAACUUAAGGAUGAAGACUCUCGUGUUACUGGCAGACGACAUUCUGUGAAUCUGGAUGAAGGUGAAAGUGCCCAGGCAGUCCAUAAAACAGUCACUCCUGGGAAACUGGCGACUAGAAACCAAGCUGCGGUGGAGGCUGGGGAUGUUGCCAGCCCCGCUGAUACACCAGAACAUUCCUCUUCCAAAAAGAGAAGUAUUCCUGCAAAGGUAGAGGCUCCAUCUGCAGAGACACAAAAGCGGCUCUCUUUAACUCAGCGCCUUGUUCCAGGUGAAAAGAAAACUCCCAAGGGUUCCUUCAGCAAGCCUGAGAAACUGGCCACAGCCGCCGAACAGACUUGCUCUGGCCUACCUGGUCUUAGUUCCGUUGAUAUCAGCAACUUUGGUGAUUCCAUUAACAAGAGUGAGGGAAUGCCUAUGAAGAGAAGACGUGUAUCCUUUGGUGGACAUCUAAGACCUGAAUUAUUUGAUGAAAACUUGCCUCCUAAUACACCACUGAAAAGAGGAGAAACGCCAACCAAGAGGAAGUCUCUUGGCACUCACAGCCCAGCUGUCCUCAAGACAAUCAUCAAGGAACGGCCCCAGUCUCCAGGGAAACAAGAGUCUCCUGGGAUAACGCCACCGAGGACAAAUGAUCAAAGACGCAGAUCAGGCAGGACUUCCAGUGGAAGCAAAUUCUUAUGUGAGACAGACAUUCCCAAGAAAGCAGGCAGGAAGAGCGGUAACCUGCCUGCGAAGAGAGCAUCCAUCAGCCGGAGUCAGCAUGGCAUUCUACAGAUGAUUUGCUCCAAAAGGCGAAGUGGAGCUUCUGAAGCCAACUUGAUUGUUGCAAAAUCAUGGGCUGAUGUUGUAAAACUUGGCGUGAAACAAACACAAACGAAAGUUGCGAAACAUGUCCCUCAAAAGCAGACGAGCAAGAGACAAAGAAGACCCAGCACUCCAAAGAAACCCACAAGCAAUCUUCACAAUCAAUUUACUACAGGCCAUGCAAACUCUCCCUGUACCAUUGUAGUAGGUAGAGCGCAGAUUGAAAAAGUAAGUGUGCCUGCCCGACCCUACAAAAUGCUGAAUAACUUGAUGCUAAACCGAAAAGUGGACUUCAGUGAAGAUCUGUCAGGACUAACUGAAAUGUUCAAGACUCCAGUGAAGGAGAAGCAGCAGCAGAUGAGUGAUACAGGCUCCGUACUUUCCAAUUCAGCGAAUUUGUCUGAAAGACAAUUGCAAGUAACUAAUUCAGGAGACAUACCUGAGCCCAUCACCACAGAGAUUUUGGGAGAAAAAGUGCUAUCCAGUACUCGGAAUGCAGCAAAGCAGCAGUCUGAUAGAUAUUCUGCAAGUCCUACCUUAAGACGGCGGAGCAUCAAACAUGAAAACACAGUGCAAACUCCUAAGAAUGUCCAUAACAUUACUGACCUUGAGAAGAAGACUCCGGUCUCUGAGACAGAGCCCCUGAAGACUGCAUCGAGUGUGAGCAAGUUAAGAAGAUCUAGAGAGCUCAGACAUACCCUUGUGGAAACUAUGAAUGAAAAAACAGAAGCAGUCCUUGCUGAGAACACCACAGCAAGACAUUUAAGGGGGACAUUUCGAGAACAAAAAGUAGAUCAACAGGUGCAGGACAAUGAAAACGCUCCUCAAAGAUGCAAGGAAAGUGGUGAAUUAAGUGAAGGUUCAGAAAAGACAUCAGCUAGGAGAUCAAGUGCCAGGAAGCAGAAGCCGACAAAAGACUUACUAGGAAGUCAGAUGGUCACCCAAACAGCAGACUAUGCUGAGGAACUACUUAGUCAAGGACAAGGAACCAUACAAAACCUAGAGGAAUCCAUGCACAUGCAAAACACAUCAAUAAGUGAGGAUCAAGGAAUUACAGAAAAGAAAGUGAACAUAAUAGUAUAUGCAACCAAAGAGAAGCACUCGCCAAAGACCCCUGGCAAAAAGGCACAACCUCUAGAAGGGCCAGCUGGUCUCAAGGAACACUUUGAAACACCAAACCCCAAAGAUAAACCUAUAACGGAAGACAGAACUAGAGUCCUUUGCAAAUCACCACAAGUCACAACAGAGAAUAUCACAACAAACACAAAGCCACAGACUAGCACAUCUGGGAAGAAAGUAGACAUGAAGGAAGAAAGCUCUGCCUUGACAAAACGUAUACAUAUGCCAGGGGAAUCCAGGCAUAAUCCCAAAAUUUUAAAACUUGAGUGUGAGGAUAUCAAAGCUUUGAAGCAAUCUGAAAAUGAAAUGCUGACCUCAACAGUAAAUGGAAGCAAGAGGACUUUAGAAAAAUCUAAAAAAAAGGCUCAGCCCCUGGAAGACCUGACUUGUUUCCAGGAACUCUUUAUAUCACCAGUUCCUACUAACAUAAUCAAAAAAAUUCCCAGCAAAUCUCCACACACACAACCAGUCAGAACCCCAGCGAGCACAAAGAGACUCUCCAAGACAGGUCUCAGUAAAGUGGAUGUGAGACAAGAACCUUCAACACUUGGGAAAAGAACGAAGUCACCAGGCAGAGCCCCAGGCACACCAGCACCAGUGCAGGAAGAAAAUGACAGCACAGCCUUCAUGGAAACUCCAAAGCAGAAACUGGAUUUUGCAGGGAAUUCAUCAGGGAGUAAGAGAAGGUCACGAACAUCUAAGAACAGGUCUCAGCCCCUAGAAGACCUGGAUGGCUUCCAAGAACUCUUCCAAACACCAGCUGGUGCCAGUGACUCAGUGACUGUUGAGGAAAGUGCAAAGAUAUCUUUGGAAUCUUCACAAGCAGAACCAGUCAAAACCCCGGCAAGCACAAAGAGACGGUCUAAGAUGAGUCUCAUGAAAGUGGAUAUGAAAGAACUUUCCAUACUUGAGAAACAAACACAGUCACGAGGCAGAGACGCAGGCACACCAGCACCAAUGCAGGAAGGAAAUGGCACCACAGCCAUUAUGGAAACUCCAAAGCAGAAACUGGAUUUCACAGGAAAUUCAACAGGACAUAAGAGGAGGCCACGGACACCUAAGAUCAGAGCUCAGCCCCUAGAAGACCUGGAUGGCUUCCAAGAACUCUUCCAAACACCAGCUGGUGCUAAUGACUCAGUGACUGUUGAGGAAAGUGCAAAGAUGUCUUUGGAAUCUUCACAAGCAGAACCAGUCAAAACCCCGGCAAGCACAAAGAGACUCUCCAAGACAGAUCUCAGUAAGGUGGAUGUGAGAGAAGACCCUUCAAUACUUGGGAAAAAAACAAAGUCACCAGGCAGAGCCCCAGGUACACCAGCACCAGUGCAGGAAGAAAAUGACUGCACAGCCUACAUGGAAACUCCAAAGCAGAAACUGGAGUCUAUAGAAAAUUUAACAGGGCUUAGGAAACAGUCCAGAACACCUAAAGACAUCACUGGUUUCCAGGAUAGUUUCCAAAUACCAGAUCAUGCUAAUGGCCCAUUAGUGGUUGUCAAAACCAAAAAAAUGUUCUUUAAUUCUCCACAACCAGAAAGUGCCAUAACCCGAAAGAGCAGAGAGAGACAGUCUAGGGCAAGUAUAAGUAAAAUAGAUGUUAAAGAAGAACUUUUAGAAUCAGAGGAACACCUACAAUUAGGAGAAGGUGUAGACACAUUUCAGGUAUCCACCAACAAAGUCAUUAGAUCAUCUAGGAAACCUGCAAAGCGUAAACUGGAUUCAACAGCUGGUAUGCCUAACAGCAAGAGGAUGCGCUGUUCUUCAAAGGAUAACACACCAUGCCUAGAAGACCUGAAUGGCUUCCAAGAGCUCUUCCAAAUGCCAGGCUAUGCUAAUGACUCUUUGACCACUGGAAUCUCAACAAUGCUUGCUAGAUCACCACAAUUAGGACCAGUUAGAACCCAAAUCAACAAAAAGAGUCUGCCCAAGAUCAUCUUGAGAAAAAUGGAUGUGACAGAAGAAAUUUCAGGUCUCUGGAAGCAGUCACUGGGCAGAGUCCACACCACACAAGAGCAGGAGGAUAAUGCAAUCAAAGCAAUUAUGGAGAUUCCAAAGGAAACACUGCAGACUGCAGCAGAUGGAACUAGGCUUACCAGACAGCCACAAACACCUAAGGAAAAAGUUCAACCGCUGGAAGAUCACAGUGUCUUCCAAGAACUCUUCCAAACAUCACGCUACUGUUCUGAUCCAUUAAUUGGUAACAAACAAACAAGAAUGUCCUUGAGAUCUCCACAACCAGGAUUUGUUAGAACUCCACGAACCUCAAAGAGACUGGCUAAGACAAGUGUUGGGAAUAUUGCUGUGAGAGAAAAGAUCUCUCCAGUGAGUCUGCCACAGUGUGCUACAGGGGAGGUUGUACACAUACCCAUAGGGCCAGAAGAUGACACAGAGAACAAAGGUGUGAAGGAAUCCACACCUCAGACACUGGACUCAUCAGCAAGUCGAACUGUCAGCAAGAGGCAGCAAGGGGCACAUGAGGAAAGGCCUCAGUUCUCAGGAGACUUAUUUCAUCCCCAAGAGCUCUUUCAAACACCAGCCAGUGGCAAAGACCCAGUAACUGUUGAUGAAACUACAAAAAUAGCUCUGCAGUCUCCACAACCAGGACAUAUCAUAAACCCAGCAAGCAUGAAGAGACAGUCCAACAUGAGUCUCAGGAAAGACAUGAGAGAAUUUUCCAUACUUGAAAAACAAACACAGUCACGAGGCAGAGACGCAGGCACACCAGCACCAAUGCAGGAAGAAAAUGGCACCACAGCCAUUAUGGAAACACCAAAGCAGAAACUGGAUUUCAUAGGAAAUUCAACAGGACAUAAGAGGAGGCCUCGGACACCCAAAAACAGGGCUCAGCCCCUAGAAGACCUGGAUGGCUUCCAAGAACUCUUUCAAACACCAGCUGGUGCCAGUGACCCUGUGAGUGUUGAAGAAAGUGCAAAGAUAUCUUUGGCAUCUUCACAAGCAGAACCAGUCAGAACCCCAGCAAGUACAAAGAGACGCUCCAAGACAGGUCUCAGUAAAGUGGAUGUGAGACAAGAACCUUCAACACUUGGGAAAAGAAUGAAGUCACUAGGCAGAGCCCCAGGCACACCAGCACCAGUGCAGGAAGAAAAUGACAGCACAGCCUUCAUGGAAACUCCAAAGCAGAAACUGGAUUUCACAGGAAAUUCAUCAGGACAUAAGAGGAGGCCACAGACACCUAAGAUCAGGGCUCAGCCCCUAGAAGACCUGGAUGGCUUCCAAGAACUCUUCCAAACACCAGCUGGUGCCAAUGACUCAGUGACUGUUGAGGAAAGUGUAAAGAUGUCUUUGGAAUCUUCACAAGCAGAACCAGUCAAAACCCCGGCAAGCACAAAGAGACUCUCCAAGACAGGUCUCAGUAAGGUGGAUGUGAGAGAAGACCCUUCAAUACUUGAGAAAAAAACAAAGUCACCAGGCACACCAGCACCAGUGCAGGAAGAAAAUGACUGCACAGCCUUCAUGGAAACUCCAAAGCAGAAACUGGAUUUCACAGGAAAUUCAUCAGGACAUAAGAGGAGGCCACGGACACCUAAGAUCAGAGCUCAGCCCCUAGAAGACCUGGAUGGCUUCCAAGAACUCUUCCAAACACCAGCUGGUGCUAGUGACUCAGUGACUGUUGAGGAAAGUGCAAAGAUGUCUUUGGAAUCUUCACAAGCAAAACCAGUCAAAACCCCGGCAAGCACAAAGAGACUCUCCAAGACAGGUCUCAGUAAGGUGGAUGUGAGAGAAGACCCUUCAACACUUGGGAAAAAAACAAAGUCACCAGGCAGAGCCCCAGGCACACCAGCACCAGUGCAGGAAGAAAAUGACAGCACAGCCUUCAUGGAAACUCCAAAGCAGAAACUGGAUUUUGCAGAGAAUUCAUCAGGGAGUAAGAGAAGGUCACGAACAUCUAAGAACAGGUCUCAGCCCCUAGAAGACCUGGAUGGCUUCCAAGAACUCUUCCAAACACCAGCUGGUGCCAGUAACCCUGUGAGUGUUGAAGAAAGUGCAAAGAUAUCUUUGGAAUCUUCACAAGCAGAACCAGUCAGAACCCGGGCAAGCACAAAGAGACUUUCCAAGACAGGUCUCAAUAAGAUGGAUGUGAGAGAAGGGCACUCUCCGCUCAGUAAGUCAAGCUGUGCAUCACAGAAAGUCAUGCAAACCCUCACACUUGGAGAAGAUCAUGGCAGAGAGACCAAAGAUGGGAAGGUAUUGUUAGCUCAGAAAUUGGAACCAGCAAUAUAUGUUACUCGUGGCAAGAGGCAGCAAAGGUCAUGUAAGAAAAGGUCCCAGUCCCCAGAAGACCUCUCUGGUGUUCAGGAGGUCUUCCAAACAUCAGGCCAUAACAAGGAUUCAGUGACAGUGGACAAUCUUGCAAAACUGCCCAGCUCGUCUCCACCACUAGAGCCAACAGACACUUCAGUAACCUCACGGAGACAGGCCAGAACUGGUCUGAGGAAAGUUCACGUGAAAAAUGAACUUUCAGGAGGCAUAAUGCAUCCACAAAUAUCAGGGGAAAUUGUGGACUUACCUAGAGAACCAGAAGGUGAAGGCAAAGUCAUUAAAACAAGGAAGCAAUCUGUAAAACGGAAAUUGGACACAGAAGUCAAUGUGCCUCGCAGUAAGAGGCAAAGAAUUACAAGAGCAGAAAAGACCCUAGAGGAUCUGCCUGGCUUCCAAGAGCUCUGCCAAGCUCCAAGCUUGGUAAUGGACUCAGUUAUUGUUGAGAAAACCCCAAAGAUGCCCGACAAAUCUCCAGAACCUGUGGAUACAACUUCAGAGACACAGGCAAGAAGAAGACUCAGGAGACUGGUUGUUACUGAAGAGCCCAUACCACAAAGAAAGACUACAAGAGUUGUAAGGCAAACCAGAAACACACAGAAAGAGCCCAUAAGUGACAAUCAAGGUAUGGAAGAGUUUAAGGAAUCUUCAGUACAGAAACAAGACCCAAGUGUAAGUUUAACUGGCAGGAGGAACCAACCAAGGACAGUUAAGGAGAAAACCCAACCCUUAGAAGAACUCACCAGUUUCCAAGAGGAAACUGCCAAAAGAAUAUCUUCCAAAUCUCCACAACCGGAAGAGAAGGAAACCUUAGCAGGUUUAAAGAGGCAGCUCAGAAUACAACUAAUCAACGAUGGUGUAAAAGAAGAGCCCACAGCACAGAGAAAGCAACCAUCCAGGGAAACCAGGAACACACUCAAAGAGCCUGUAGGUGACAGUAUAAAUGUUGAAGAGGUUAAGAAGUCUACAAAGCAGAAAAUUGAUCCAGUAGCAAGUGUGCCUGUCAGCAAGAGGCCACGGAGGGUACCCAAGGAAAAGGCACAGGCCCUAGAAUUGGCUGGUCUCAAAGGACCAAUCCAAACCCUAGGCCACACUGAUGAAUCAGCAAGUGAUAAAGGACCCACACAGAUGCCCUGUAAUUCUCUACAACCAGAGCAAGUUGACAGCUUCCAAAGCUCACCAAGGCGACCCAGGACAAGACGUGGGAAAGUAGAGGCAGAUGAAGAGCCUUCAGCAGUAAGAAAGACAGUAUCAACAUCAAGGCAAACUAUGCGAUCCCGCAAGGUCCCUGAAAUUGGUAACAAUGGUACCCAAGUUUCAAAGGCCUCCAUAAAGCAGACAUUAGAUACAGUAGCCAAAGUAACUGGCAGCAGGAGGCAGCUAAGGACACAUAAGGAUGGGGUUCAACCUCUUGAAGUGUUAGGUGACUCCAAAGAAAUAACCCAAAUAUCAGAUCACUCUGAGAAACUAGCACAUGACACCAGUAUCCUUAAGAGCACUCAACAGCAAAAGCCAGACUCAGUAAAACCUCUGAGAACAUGCAGAAGAGUGCUGAGGGCCUCUAAAGAGGACCCCAAGGAAGUGUUGGUGGACACCAGAGACCAUGCAACAUUACAAAGCAAAAGCAACCCUUUGCUGUCCCCGAAGAGGAAGUCUGCAAGAGAUGGAAGCAUUGUGAGAACCAGGGCUUUGCGCUCUUUAGCACCAAAGCAGGAAGCAACAGAUGAGAAGCCUGUACCUGAGAAAAAAAGGGCUGCUUCCAGCAAGAGGCAUGUAUCACCUGAGCCUGUGAAGAUGAAACACCUGAAAAUCGUGUCAAACAAACUUGAAUCUGUGGAAGAGCAGGUUAGCACUGUUAUGAAAACAGAAGAAAUGGAAGCCAAAAGAGAAAAUCCUGUCACUCCAGAUCAGAACUCUAGGUACCGAAAGAAAACCAAUGUAAAACAGCCAAGGCCCAAGUUUGAUGCAUCUGCAGAGAAUGUCGGGAUAAAGAAAAACGAGAAGACUAUGAAGACUGCCUCCCAGGAGACAGAGCUGCAGAAUCCAGAUGAUGGAGCCAAGAAAUCUACAUCUCGGGGCCAAGUCAGUGGGAAAAGAACAUGCUUGAGGUCUAGAGGAACGACUGAGAUGCCCCAGCCUUGUGAAGCAGAAGAGAAAACAAGCAAACCAGCUGCAGAAAUCUUGAUAAAGCCUCAGGAAGAGAAAGGAGUCUCUGGAGAGUCUGAUGUUAGGUGUUUGAGGUCCAGAAAAACUAGAGUCGCUUUGGACAGUGAACCUAAGCCAAGGGUAACUCGUGGAACCAAGAAAGAUGCAAAAACUCUGAAGGAGGAUGAAGACAUUGUAUGCACCAAGAAGUUAAGAACAAGAAGUUAAGAACAAGAAGUUACCAGAAAAGUGAAACUAUGUAGCAAAGACAUUUAAGAAGGAAAAGUAAAUUUGACUUAGUGAUAAGUUCCAGUGUGGUUUUCACCUCCAGUGUAAAGAUGAACUGUAAAUACUACUGCUACUGCCUGAGUUUAAGGAAGGAAGCUUUGAGCUUUCCUGGUCAUACUCUCUUCAGACGCCAAUGGAGGUCAUGAGGAAGAUCACCAGGGAUCUCAGCGCAAUUACAGUUUAGGGGUGAGCAGGCAGAAAUGUGGCCCUCUGUCCUAUCCAAUAAAGCUCUGAAAUUCGC